AUGUUCUUUCUUUCAUCGGGUCAUAUUUCUCACUAUUCCUCCUCCAACCAUAAUCUGCUUGUCCGUUAUUUACUUCCGGUUCAUUUCCUCUCCCUUUUUAUUUUUAUUCAUUCUUUUUUUUUUUUUUUUUCUAUACCCCCAUUUUUGACUUUCCUUUCCUUGGUCCCUUUUUACUUUCAAUUUUUCUCCUCUUUUCAUUUUAUUUCUCUUUUCUUUUUCUCUUUGUUUCAUUCUUCCUUUUCACUAACUCUUUAUCUCUAUUUCAUUUUUUCAAUUUUUCUUUCUACUUUUCUUUCUGUUCUUCUUUUCCUUAUCGUCUGUUUCCUUUUCUCACUAUUCGUUUUUUUAUUUGUUUAUUCUUUGAUUCUUUUUUCUAUCUCCAUACUUUCUAUAUCCAUUUUCUCUUUGUCAUUCUCUUUUUUGUUCCAUUUAUCUCUUGAUCUGAUUCUCCUUUCCUUCUUGCUUCCUUUCUCUCUCUUUCUUUCUUUUCUUUUCAGUUUCCUUUUCGUCUAUUUCCUUUCACUUAUUUUUCUAUUUCUUUUAUUUUUGUACUUUUUCAUUCUAUCCAAAUUUUCUGUCUAUUUCUGUUUUCACAUGAUUUUUCUUUUUUCUUUCUCCUUUUCUUUCGAUUACAUUUUUUUUAUUAUUUUUCUUUUUGUCUUGUUCCCUUUUUCUCUCUUUUAUUUUUUUUUCAUUUUGAUGGGUUGGUUUGUUCUUUAUGACUUUCUUUCUAACACUUUUCACUUUUUUAUUUCUUUCUUCCAUUUUUGUCUUAUCCGUUGUUUUUAUGUCUUUUCUUCUCUCACUUUUUCUUUCGCUUUUUCAACUUUUGUCGCUUGUUUUAUUUUCUUUCUAUUUUCUUUUACUUUCUCUUUUUCUUUUACAAUUUCAUUUUUUUCCACAUUUUACAUUCAUGAUAUAAUCAGACUUAGCGUACGAAUUUAG